ACAGGAGGGGAGGAGGCGGGGAGGGUAACGCCUCGGCCGGUAAAACCUCCUUCCUGGGCUUAUAAAACACACACAGGGGCCGCCCGCACCCUCAGCCACCAUGACUGGAUCGCAGAAAAGUUUGGCAAAAGGCUCCCCUGCUCCAGGGCCGGUGCCAGAAGGAAUAAUUCGUCUCUACAGCAUGCGAUUCUGCCCCUUUGCACAGAGACCAAGAUUGGUUCUAGUGGCCAAGGGCAUUAAGCACGAGGUGAUCAACAUCAAUUUAAAGAAUAAACCCGAGUGGCUGUUUGAGAAAAAUCCCUUUGGCUUGGUCCCUAUUCUGGAGACCAGUAAGGGUGAGAUUAUCUACGAGUCGACGGUGGUUUGUGAUUACCUUGAUGAGGUCUAUCCUGGAAAGAAGCUGACCCCAGAAGACCCCUACCAAAAGGCGCUGCAGAAGAUGACGCUGGAACGUUUCUCUGGGGUCCUGCCCACGUUCUAUAAAAUUGUCAACGCCAACAAGGUAAACCAGGAUAUAACGGAAUUAAAGGGAGAGCUUGUGGGAAAACUCGAGAAACUGGGUGAGACUUUGGCUAAAGGGAACACCGCUUUCUUUGGAGGAGAUUCAGUGUCCAUGAUAGACUACAUGAUUUGGCCUUGGUUUGAACGCAUAGUUGCUUUUGACAUGAAGGAAGCCAUCACUGGAGCACUUGGCAAGUGGUACGAGAACAUGCUGCAGGACCCGGCCGUGAAAGAGACGUUCACCGAGCCUGAUCUGUUCCGAGGCUUUUUUAAGCUUUACAAUGAAGACAGCGUGGACGCUGUGGAUUAUGGACUUUAACCCCCCGGCACCUGAUUUAUUAUGCGUUGUUACAUUAGAGCUCAUAAUACAGAAAGCACUUAACUUCACCAGUUGUGUAAUAAAUGCUACAAGCAGUCUGA